AUGGAUAUCACCAGCGAGGCCGCGGAAGCUGACAGGCAAUCGGAAGUUCAAAACAGCGCAGAUGUUAAAAAAGAUGGAGGAGCGAUCGUUUACGACACGGUGACGGUUGAUUUGAAGAAAGGCAACCUUCUUGAAAUCGAUGCAACCAAAGACAUCACCGCCGCCGAACACGAGCUAGGCUUUUGGGAUGCCGUCAAGCAAUAUCCACAGGCUGUCUUCUGGGCUCUGUUCUUCUGCAUUGCUGUCAUUAUGGCAGGAUUCGAUGCGCAGAUCAUAACGUCUUUCUAUGCUCUGCCGUCUUUCCAAUCUCAUUACGGAAGCUUGUAUGAGGGCGAGUAUAUCAUUACUGCACCGUGGCAAACAGCUCUUGGAAUGGGAAAUCCCAUUGGUCAAAUUGUCGGUGCUCUUGCAGCGGGUUGGCCACUUGAGCUAUUCGGAAGAAAGAAGACCCUAGCAGCAUGCUGUGUCUGGUCUAUUUGCUUUGUGUUUGUCCAAUUCUUCUCAACAUCCUUAGGAAUGCUCUGCGCUGGUGAAAUUCUGGGAGGUUUAGCUUAUGGUUUCUACGUCGUAAUUGGACCAGUCUACGCAUCUGAAGUUUGUCCUUUAGCACUUCGAGGUGUUUUGACGGCAUCCACGAAUUUGGCUUUCGUCAUUGGACAAUUCGUUGCUCAAGGUGUUGCGGCAGGAAUGUCAAAAAGAACCGAUACACUCGCCUACAAACUCCCAUUCGCUUUGCAAUGGGUUUGGCCUGCGAUUCUUCUUGCCGGUCUCCUCUUUGCGCCAGAAUCACCAUAUUGGCUGGUUCGCCAAGGUCGAAAAUCAGAUGCGAAAGCUUCUCUUACACAGCUCACAUCUUCGAAACAUCGUCCAGAUCUCGAUGCAGUGCUUCUCAUGAUCGAGCAAACUGACCUUCUCGAACAAGAACUAGAAGCAACUACAACAUAUAUGGAUUGUUUCAAAGGCGCAAAUCUCAAGCGAACAGAAAUCUCGGUAAUGGUCUACCUAAUCCAAGUCAUCGGAGGAAAUCCUAUGAUCGGAUAUGCAAACUUCUUUUUCAUCCAAGCUGGUCUCAACACCAAUGAUGCUUUCAACAUGGGGGUCGGAAACACCGCGCUUGGAUUCGUAGGAACUUGUCUUUCCUGGCCACUGAUGUCCUACAUCGGUCGCCGCUCGAUUUACCUUACUGGAAUGGUUUUCAUGACAAGCUUUCUUUUCAUAAUUGCUUUCCUCGAUUUUGGUCGGAGCCAUUCGGGUGUCGUCUGGGCUCAAGCAUCACUUAUGGACAUCUGGACUUUUACGUACCAGUCCACCGUUGGCCCCAUAUGCUUCGUCAUCAUUUCUGAGAUCUCUGCCACCCGUCUUCGUGGUAAAACCAUCGCAAUCGCCACUGCCGUUCAGGCUUUCGCAUCCAUCAUCUUUACGAUCGCGAUGCCAUACAUGCUCGGAAGUGACCAAGCCAAUUGGAGAGGAAAAGCUGGGUUUCUUUUCGGCGGAAUUAGCUUUGUUUGUUUUAUCUGGUGCUGGCUGCGGAUUCCAGAGUCGAAGGGGAGGACGUUCGAGGAGCUGGAUAUUCUGUUUGAGCGGAAAAUCCCUUCGAGAGAGUUCAAAAAGCACAACCUACUUGAGACUAGCGUGGAUGUGUAA